ACCACCAUUGCCAAUAAUCUCUCUUCCAAGCCUUUAAUUUCCGAUAAUUCGGACAUUCGGAUUUGGAGUUUCUUGAUAUACUGAUGGAUCCAUUAGAUAACAACAAUGGAGGAACCCAUUCGGACAGCAAAUCUGAGUCAGAUUCUAAAGAUCUUGCAUUGGCGGAUUCAGAUUUUAUCGAUACUACUUUGGUACAUAAUAAUGGUGAAGAUGAAGCUGGUAUACUUUGGGAAAUCAACUUGCAGUCGGAAGAACUACUAAACAAUGCUGAUACAAUGCCUGCACGUGGGGGGAAAUCAAUUUCCGGAGGUUGGAAGAACUACCAAACAAUGCAGAUACGAUGUCUGCAUGCCAAUAGACUCCCUCGAAGCAAUAUUUUAUUCUCUUUCGACUUUCCUCUUCCAACACCUUCGAAGCACGUGAGUUGGAAUGGCAAAGUGAAGAAGACUAUUAUGGUAUUGAGAUUCCACAGCGGGGGAAUUCUUCCAUCUGCGAAAUUUGUGGCGGAAGGGUUUCCGAGGGUUGAAAUGAGAGGUGGGAUUGAAGCAGUUUGUGCUGUUUGCGCGAUGAGAACUAGAUGCCCAGUUAAUCGGUUUGAGUUGCCUACUGAUGAUGAAAUUGAAGGGUAUCUGAGCAACAGGAGGAGGAUCUUGGAAGCUACUACUGACAAUGGGGGCAACAAUGGCUCACUGAAAGAUUUGCCUGUUAGCUAGGGACAGUUUCGAAUUAUCUCUUAUGUUAGAUUAUGAGGAUUGCGAGCAGAAUUGAUUGACAGUACCAAUGUUAAUUCUCUUUAUAUGUAUAUAAAAAUAAGUAUAGAAUGUCAAA